AUGUACUACAACCCCGGCGUCAACGACCAUGGUCUCCCUUAUGACCCUUUCAAAGCAUGCGUAGUCCCCCGAGCAAUCGGCUGGAUCUCAACCACAUCCCCCAAAGGCGUGCACAACCUCGCCCCCUACAGCCAAUUCACAAACGUCACCUUCGACCCCCCGAUGGUGAUGUUCAGCGCCAAUCAGACAUUCGAGUCCUCCGACACCUCCGCAACGGGCACCCGCAAAGACACCGUCAACAACAUCGAAGCCACCGGCGUCUUCUGCUGGCAGCUCUGCACCUACGCCCUCCGCGAGAGCGUCAACAUCACCGCGGAGGCGAUCGGGCCCGAGGAGGACGAGUUCGAGCGCGCGGGCCUCGAGAAGACCUGGUCCAGGGGCCUGAAGACCCCGGUCCCGAUGGUCGCCGCGUCGCCGGUGCGGUUCGAGUGCGAGUACGUGCAGACCGUGAGGCUGCCCGGGAAGGGCCCGAUGGGGACCGUGGAUGUCGUCUUCGGGCGGGUCGUCGGGGUGCAUGUCGACGAGGGGGUUUUGACGGGGGGGAAGAUUGACGUGCGGAAGACGAACCCGAUCGCGAGGCUUGGGUACUUUGAGUACGGGGUCAUCAACGACUCGUUUGAGAUGAUCGUGCCCGGGGAUAAGCGGAUGCUCAUUGGGCUCGAGGGCAAUGCGAAGAAGAACACGGAUGAUCUUUUAGAGCAGGACAAGACGGCGUGA